GAGUGAUAUAUGAUAGGGAUCGCACAAUUAAUGGGCUUAUCAUAGUGCGAGCACUCCUGGACGCAACUACUCCAAAGCUGGUUCCCGAUCUAAUAAGAGACUCUAAAAUGCGAACUCCAUUACUGGUUGCUAGUGCUGCGGGAAAUGCAAACGUUGUUAAAGUUUUGGUUCAGUACGGCGCUGACCCAAAUUGUCAAACUGGAGAUAUCGUUGGAAACAAGCCAUUAGACUUGGCCGUUAUAUCGAAUAGUGUUGAUACUGUGAUCGCCCUUUUAGAUGCUGGAGCCAAGGUUUCACCAAAACCGCACCUUGAUGCAGAUGGAACACAAGCAUUCAGCGCACGAAGGCCAAUCACGAGGACACCACUGCACCUCGCUCAAUCAAGAUUAGAUAUGCUAAUCAAGCAUAGACAAAGCUUGAGAAUGGCAGAUCAUUCAGAGUUUGGAUUACGCAAUGGACGCCCAAGCAACGACGAGCCAAUGCUCCGACAAGUUAUACAGAUUAUACAGAUUUUGAAGACAUACAUGAUAAAAUCUCCAUCUACUUCAUCAGCGAAUUCCAGCCAGAUGAUUGAGUUGGAUGAUCUAUCGAACAAACUAUCAAGCAUUGCAUUACAUCCUAACGGCGGACCAGGUGCCAGCGCUUCGUCACAGGCUAGUGAGCAAUCAGAAAUGCAAAUACUGGAAGGUCUACGAGAAAUCAUUGAGAAGCUCAACAUACAAUAACUGAUCAUUUAUUGAGUCAGUAUGCUGAUGAUAUUUUCAGCAUCUUUUUCUAUGCUGAAAUAUCCGGUUUUCUGCAUAUAUGCAUUCAAUCGUGCAUAGUCUUCAUCAGUAACAUAUAGGAAACUCAUAUUGCUUUCCUCAAACAGCGACAAUCGAAAUUGCGGAUCAUCAAUAAGAAGCUGCUUCAAGAUAUAUAUCGUAUCCUAAACAGUCUUGUAUGAGCUUUUAAUUACCACGGCCAACCAUCUUGCACAUCAAGCUUACCUGAUCAGAAAUGUGAAUCGCCUUCGACAACUGCUCUAUUGUUGUAUAUUUGCAGUCCUAAUUUCUUGAAAGUCAGACCCCAAUAGCUUCUCUAAUUCAUACCGCACACUUCCCCCCCCCCUUUAUCAUUCAUUACCUGUACAGUUCGCUUGAUCUUGUCUCUAUACUUUU